UAUUGGUGACUUUUGAAAAGACAUUUUUGUUUUGUUAUUUCAUGGCAUCAGCUACUCUUAAAUAAGUUGAUGAUUCUUGGAUACAAAAUCAGUAACAUUUAUAUUGUUUUAUGGUACUUUUGUCUCCUGUAGCUCACAAGAAAACUACUUUUGCAAUGUUGAUAAUGUACUUUCUUUUGUGGAUAAGAAUAAACAUGCAGAUGUUGAGCCCUUUGUCUGAAACUUCUUAUACUUCAUUGAAACGGCAGAUGUAGUUGUCACCUCUCUUUUGUGAAGCAAAAGUGUUUCCACGAACAUACUGUUGGUGGGUGGGCGGUCAUAAACGAUUUAGCUAAGAUAACAUGAUACCCUGUAUUUAGAUUUAGUGAUGUUAUAUUUGCAUUUUAUUCAAUUUUUUAUUUAUUUUGGUCUGACAAAUUGCAUAUGAUUGUUGCCGUGUAGACUUUCUACAAAGUUGUUAGGAGCUGGGCUUCAAAAAAGUUUAUGACAGGAUGUGUGAUCCUGUUCCCAAUGGCAGUCACUUUCUAUAUAACGUGGUGGUUUAUUCACUUUGUGGAUGGCUUUUUCUCUCCAAUCUAUGCUCAACUAGGAAUCAAUGUCUUUGGUCUGGGAUUUGUGACUUCCAUGACUUUUAUCUUCUUGGUUGGAGUGUUCAUGUCAUCAUGGUUGGGGGCAUCUGUUUUGAGCCUCGGUGAGUGGUUCAUCAAACGUAUGCCAUUUGUUCGUCAUAUCUACAAUGCCUCCAAGCAGAUUAGUGCCGCCAUAUCUCCAGAUCAGAACUCACAGGCCUUUAAGGAAGUAGCAAUCAUAAGGCAUCCACGUAUUGGUGAAUAUGCAUUUGGGUUCAUUACUUCAUCUGUUGUCCUCCAGCAUUAUUCGGUAGAGGAAGAGCUAUGCUGCGUCUAUGUCCCCACCAACCAUCUUUACAUAGGUGACAUAUUCUUGGUCAAUGCCAGGGACGUUAUUAGACCGAACUUAUCUGUUCGGGAAGGAAUUGAAAUCGUUGUGUCUGGGGGCAUGUCGAUGCCUCAGAUCCUAUCAACUUUGAAUCCAAGGAUUGUUCAAGGGGAUCGAAGUAGACCAGACAGAGGGUGAGAAUGAAGACAUUAGAUGUGGCAGAGUUGUCUACUCAUCAUCUUGCCGAGUUGUUGAUUGAAUGAUCAGAUUGGAUAUGCAAUUUUUCUGUGCUGGUAUUUAAGAGUCUGCAAUUAGAUUUUUAUUAGUUGAUGCUUCAAGGGUUGUUCCUGGUGGCAUACGUAAUGUGGGUUGUCAUAUACAAUGUAGGAAAGUAGUGCUUUUGUGGUGAUAUAGCCGGUUGAUAAUUCAAGUUGAUAGCUUGUUCGUGUUUAAGAUUGAUUUUACCUCUACCCAGACUGAAUGCCACUCAUCUUUUGAUGGGUCUGCACAAUUUUUUAUUUUCCAGACUGCGGUUGAGUUUUGUAGAUAAGAGGCAAUGUUAUGG